UUAGAAUCCUAAACUGAAAUGGGCGUGUCCCCACGCCCAUUAAGGGGAAAUUUGAGAGUGAUGGAGGAUGUCAGCUUAAAAAUUCUGAUAAUAGGAGACAGUGGAGUCGGAAAAUCAAGUUUACUCCUCCGGUUCGUCAAUAACACCUUUGACCCUGAUCAAGCCUCAACUAUUGGUGUUGAUUUUAAAGUAAAGACUGUGCAAUUAGCAGGAAAGAGAGUCAAACUAGCAAUAUGGGACACGGCCGGUCAGGAGAGGUUUAGAACUUUAACCCCUGCUUAUUAUAGAGGGGCCCAGGGAGUCAUUCUGGUGUAUGAUGUGUGUUUGCCAGACACAUUUGAAGGAUUGGAGGUGUGGCUCAAUGAAUUGGACACUUACGCUACGAAAAAGGAUUUGGUGAAGAUGCUUGUUGGAAAUAAAAUUGAUAAAACUGAAAGAAAAAUAUCAAGAGCAGAUGGACUCCAGUUUGCCCGAAGAAACUCUAUGCUAUUUAUAGAAUCCAGUGCCAAAACAAGAGACGGAGUGCAAGAAGCCUUUGAAGAGCUUGUGCAAAAGAUUCUACAGAACCCUGACCUCUACACCGAAAAUACAUCAACUGUAAAUGUAUCAUCGAAUCCUUCAUCGGGGAGUGAGCCGCCAUCAUUGUGUGGCUGUUCACUGGUCUAACAGUUGUAAACUGGUUGUGCAUUGCUAAUAAUUUUGUCUGUGAUAACAAUAAUAAUUAAUACUUUAUAAUAAAAAAUGAAUAGAUAUUAUUAUUAUUAUUAUGACUCAAAA